AUGCAGUCAUGGAGACGGAGGUCCCUUUGGCUGGCACUGUUGGCCUCCUGGCUCCUCGUCCUGCUGGGACUCUUCCCCCUUCUCCGCCUGGCAGUGCCCACCAGCCCCCGGGCAGGAGCCCCCCAAGGCUGGCCCCGCUGGCUGGACGCAGAGCUCCUGCAGAGUUUCGCCAAGCCUGGGGAGCUCCUGGAAGAUGGCCCUCAACCUCCUCAAGCCCUCCGUGGUGGCAGCUGCAACUGGGGAGCUUGCUUUGACACCUCGAAAUGCAGAGGUGGUGGCCUCAAGGUAUUCGUGUACCCAGCGGCUGGACCCGUCUCUGAGACUCGCCACAGGAUCCUGGCUUCCGUGGAGGGCUCCCGCUACCACACGCUCAACGCUGCUGAGGCCUGCCUCCUCCUCCUCCUCAGCCCGGACACCCCCACUGGAGAGUGCGACCCGGUGCCCCCGCAGUGGGAUGGGGGCAGGAACCACCUGGUCCUCAGUCUCCACCCAGCCCCUUGCCCCCGGACCUUCCAGCUGGGACAGGCGAUGGUGGCCGAGGCCAGUCCCACAGUGGACACAUUCCGGCCCGGCUUUGACGUGGCCCUCCCGCUUCUCCCUGAAGCCCACCCGUUGCGAGGUGGGGCACCUGGCCAGCUGCGGCAACACAGCCCCCGCCCCGGGGUGGCCCUGCUAGCCCUGGCAGAGGACGGGGGCAGGUGGCACGUGGCAGGCACCGACUUCUCUGCCUGCCCCUGGGAUGGGCGCUGUGAACGGGACCGUGGACCCAAGCAGACCUACCCUGGGGCAAUGCUACCUAACGCCACCUUCUGCCUCAUCCCUGGCCGCAGUCCUGAUGUCUUACACUUCCUUCAAGCUCUGCAGGCUGGCUGCAUCCCUGUGCUUCUCAGCCCUCGCUGGGAGCUGCCCUUCUCUGAGGUCAUCGAUUGGACCAAGGCGGCCAUUGUAGCUGACGAGAGGCUCCCGCUUCAGGUCCUGACUGCCCUCCAGGAGAUGCCCCUCGCACGGGUCCUCGCCCUGCGUCAGCAGACCCAGUUUCUAUGGGAUGCCUAUUUCUCCUCGGUAGAGAAGAUCAUCCACGCCACUCUGGAGAUUAUUCAGGACCGGAUCUUUGGAGCCUCUGCUCACACCUCGCUACUGUGGAACAGCCCCCCAGGGGCAAUCCUGGCCCUGCCCACUUUCUCCCCAAGCCCCUCGGACUUCCCCUUCUACCACCUACAACAGGGCUCUCGUCCUCUGGGCAGGUUCAGCGCCCUGAUUUGGGGGGGGGCUCCAAGCCAGCCCCCCCUGAAGCUCAUCCAGGCUGUGGCAAGCUCCCAGCACUGUGCCCAGAUCUUGGUUCUCUGGAACAGUGAGAAGCCACCCCCAACCAGGUGGCCCAAGACAGCAGUGCCCUUGACAGUCAUUGAUGGGCACAGGAAGGUCAGUGACCGCUUCUUCCCGUACAGUGCCAUCAGCACCGAUGCCAUCCUCAGCCUGGAUGCCCAUAGCAGUCUUUCCACAAGUGAGGUGGACUUCGCUUUUGUGGUGUGGCAGAACUUCCCAGAGCGGAUGGUCGGCUUUCUGACGUGGAGCCACUUCUGGGAUGAAGCCCGUGGUGGCUGGGGCUAUACUGCCAAGAGGACCAACGAAUUCUCCAUGGUUCUCACCUCAGCUGCCUUCUACCAUAGGUAUUACCACACCCUCUUCACCCACUCCCUGCCCAAGGCUCUGAGGACCCUGGCAGAUGAGGCACCCACCUGUGUGGAUGUCCUGAUGAACUUCCUAGUAGCAUCCGUCACCAAGUUGCCCCCUAUCAAGGUGCCCUAUGGGAUGCGGCAUCAGGAGGCCAGACCUCCUUCACUGGAGCCUGGGGGUCCGGGGCUCAGGCAGGAGCCGCAACCCGCAGCCCAGAACUGCAUCAACCAGGUGGCGGCAGGGUUCGGCCACAUGCCUCUGGUAUCUUCUCGCCUCCGUCUGGACCCCGUGCUCUUCAAGGACCCGGUGUCCGUGCUGCGCAAGAAGUAUCGCAGCCUGGAGAAGCCCUAG